AUGGUUUGCGGGCAGAGGCCCGAUUUCGGCUUAGGUGCCCUGGUUGCCACAUCGGUUUUUAUGAUUUUGAGCUUCAUGCCGAUCUCUUCAAAGGAAACUUUGGAUGCUGCUGGCUGGUGCAGGGCGGACGUGGAAGCUGCCAACGAAGUGAAAGUCCUCAGCAGAUUGCGCCAUCCGUUCAUCAUCAACUACCGAGAGUGCUUCGUGGAGGACGGCUUGCUUUGCGUGGUCACAGACUUCGCUGAAAGCGGCGAUUUGUACCGAAGCAUUGAAAAACAACGAGCGAAGCCCGACUUAUUUUCCGAAGAAUUGAUCCUACGCUGGUUUACCCAGACUGCAUUAGCUUUGAAGCACAUUCACGAUCGGCACAUUCUGCAUCGUGACUUGAAGACCCAGAAUAUCUUCUUGGCUGGUCCAGGAGAAGGCAUCGUCAAAGUGGGUGACUUUGGCAUUGCCCGUGUGUUGCAGCAUACUCAAGAUUUUGCGAAGACCGCCAUUGGAACUCCGUUUUAUCUUUCGCCCGAAAUCUGUCAAGAGAAGCCGUACAGCUAUCAGUCAGACAUCUGGUCUUUGGGCUGCAUUCUCUAUGAGCUGGCAACGCUUCGUCAUGCUUUUGAUGCAGACUCGAUGCGUGGCCUCGUUUUCAAGAUACUGCGUGGCAUUCCAUCUGAAGUGGCAUCGACUUUUUCCGUCGAGUUCAGGCACAUGAUUCCGAAAAUGUUGCAGAAGGAUCCGCGUCAUCGCCCAUCAGUCGAUGCAAUUUUGAAGAUGACCCUGGUGCGCCGCACUAUUCGUCACCUUCUUGCCGAUUUGGAGUCGCAGCAAGGACUUUCGGCUGCGCUUCUGCAUCCGAAGGUUUUUUCGGAGGCGAGACGCCGACAUCCCCUGCCGUCAUCCGAAACAUAUGUGCCGCACGACAGACCCAAGACGAGUGGUCUUCUCCUAGAAGAAGCAGCGUGUGCAAGCGGCCGGCAGCAUUUGCAUGAUGCAGCUCACGAUGGGAGGAACUCUGCAGGUAGGGUGCCGAGCUGCCCAAGUUGGACAGACCACAAGAUGUGCGAUUCGCUUGACACGGUCCAGCAGCACGUGAGUCUGCAGGGCAAAAUGUAUCGUGAUGAAGGUCACGAGAAAGGACAUCCCUCCACAGUGACGGCAGCUGUGGAACAGCAGUUGGUGCUGUCAGGCUCCAUCGUGGCAGAAGACAAGGCUGUCUGCCACUGGCCCAAGGCUUGCUUGUUGCUUUCCGAAGACGGCGGAGCAGAUCGUAUCUCUGGUUUUGCGCAUCCAGACGGUGGAAGGCUCAACUUGCAUGUCAGCAAGGGGGAUUCGUUGGCUUACCGCAUCGAGGUUUUACGGUUUUUCCUUGAGAAAGAAAUGGGCCUGGCGGGUUUCAGUGCAGCGUGCAAGCACAUCUCCGAAGGUUCGACGCGCAGAGAUGAUGACAUCAAUGAUGGUGUUAUCGCGACUGCCGUGACGGAGGCCAACCCAUUGCAAAGUGAUUGCGGCGAUGUUGCCUUGCCGACACAGGCCGAAAAAUAUUUGCCUCUUGUCAAGAAGCUCGUUCUGUUUGAGCAGGAAUGCUACGGACUGGGAGGCAGAAGGUCAGCUGCUUCCAAGAGAUGCUGCUGA